CGAAUUCCUAAUAGACUAUACUGUUGAAAAGAAGUGAAACAUUUGGGAGAUCUCGAGAUAUUUUGUAUAGGAUUUAAAGUACAAGAAGCAGUAACAAUCUUCAGAAGUGUUACUUUGCUAAAAGAACCCUUUUAUUGGAGAGUUUGACCAAGGCGUUUAACCUUCACAGAACGACAUCAUGGAGCAACCUCUUGAUUUAAGCCAAAACAGUGACUCAAACAAACGAAGUGAAUACAACAUGGACGUCGAGGAACCAAUUUGUCAAUACCCAAAUUGCUCCUGUCCCCUCAAACACAUCACCACGCUGGAGAGCCCCAAACACAGACAAAGUCCCCCCAGGACGGAACAUUACAUGCCCCACUCCAGCGUCAUGGAAGGUCCGUACGACGUACGACAUGAUGGAAUUAACUAUGAUGGCGGUCUAGGAAAAAGGACAUAUAUGGAUGAAUGUGCAAACACUAACUUUUACCAUCCUAAAAGGCGAAAGAUUGAGAUGUACAAACAAAGAAUCGCCAGAUCCACUUCUGAGAACAGCUUGUCGUCUUAUGAUGAUCCCUAUUCAACUUUAAACGUUGAUUAUCAAGGCUACGCUCCUAACGGAAAUAUACCGUACCCUAGUCAGGAGAAGAAUAGCGAAUUAUUCUGCAAAACCAGAUCAAUUAAUACACCGACCACGAUAGCAGGAGAAGAAAUGUCCAUGGAGGGAAUGUAUCACCCUACAACGAAUGAUGACGAAUACCGCGAGAGAAGCUACAGCACAAGUCACAUUCAAAGAUUACCAAAGAAGCGCCAGUAUACAAGGCAGUACUCAAAUAAUUCUUCAUCUCAGCAAAUGUCUCCACGUCCGUCACAAAGCAGCGGUCACGUUACUCCACAAUCUCAGCGUCACCCAUAUCAGCGUAGCAAGCCGGCGCCAAGCGCCACAGUCACCAGCGAAAAGGAGGGGAAAGAGAACAACAAAGAGACAGCUAGCUCAAUAAAAGCAGACAUGAUACGGGAAAUAGACAAUUGCCCGGAUACAGACGAUGUUGCGACAUUCCGGAAACAACUGUUUGAAAAUAUCGUGCAGAGUGCCAAACAAGCGAGAGAGGCGAAGCUUAAGUGCAACAAUACCGGUGGCGGUCUGGUGGCGUUAGAUUACUUAAUCUCCAAAAAUGUGCUCCACAGUGAGGAUAAACCAUUCAAGGCUAGGAAUAACCAUAUCCAACAGAUCAUCCGAGGCGAAAAGCCCGGAAAAUUGUGUUUAAUGGACAUAGUCGAAUUACAAGUCGAGAUAGGAUUAGCUUAGAUAGAUAUAUAUUGAAUUUAUCUUGACAAUCGUCUCACUUUUAUUGCAUGAAAUUGUCAUCCUCUAUAAUGGACGUUUUGUCGUCAAAGAGAGAGUGAGCUUGGUAGAUUUGAAUCCUGAAAAAAUGUAGAAUAGAGUUUUACAUCUAGCAGCACUUAAAGUGCUUUGCUAGAUGGAAUUCGAUUUAAUUUUAUGUAGUUAAGAAAAUUAUGAAAUAUAGACAAAAAUAUAUUUAAAAAAAUAUUGGGAUAGAUCCCGUUUUAGAAAAUUGUGUGUUGUAAACAAAAUAUUUAUUACAAAUGUUGUACAAGUGAUGUCUGUGUUUUGUUAAGCUAUGAAGUUCGAAUGGUUCAGUGGUUAGAUGAUAGCAUCAGAUAUAUGUGGGAAUGGUGGAUCUAAAAUAUUCUUACAUCUUCUACCAACAAGCAACAUACAUAUAGACUUUUUUUCAAAUUCCAGGAAGCUUGCAUUUCUCUUACCAAAUUGUUUUAUCACAACUGUAAAUAUAAAAACACACUUUUUUGAAAAAUCUAAAUUUUGAUAUCAAAAUUAUAAGAAAAUUUUAACAAAAGUAAAUUAAUUGUAAGAAAUGUUUAGAAUAUUUACGAAUUUUCACGGAUUUACGACCGUGAUUUUCUGUAUAUUUUUGGAGUCUUUAUACUUCCGGUGAGAGGUGAGUAUCGAGUAUCCUUAAAGAAAUCCUAUGAAGUAAGAAAGGGACAGAUGCUGAAAACAAGAUUUUGAGUUAGCUCUAUAAAAGGGAGAGUCCCAUUUUUGUGUCAUGAAUGGAUUUUUGCUUUGUUGCUCACUUAGUGAGGAUGCUAGUGGCGGUUAUCUCUAAAUAACAGCUUUACAAAGUGCAUUGGUAACUUGUCAUUUUGCAAUAUACGAUCUGUGAUGUAUGAGUUUAUAUAAUCAGAAACCCAGAGCCUUUCAUUGGGAAAGUUUAGAGGUGAACGUGUCGAGGAGUCAAUAGAGGUAUGCAAAAAAAAAGUGUAUUUUGUGAAAGCGUAGGCCAAGAUUAUUUUUGUUACGCUGAAAUUUGUGAAAAUACCAAAUGUAAUUGUACAAAGAAGUUUGUAUGUACACACGCAUCGGCAUAUUUUUGAUUGCUGACCAGCAAAUACGUUUAUAUAUAAAUAUAUACGGUGCCAUGAUUCCGUGUCGUCCGAGUUGAUAUGAACUGAAUGUGUUAUCGUUGCUCUUUUGGCCUGUGACAGCAAAUACUUUUAUUGUAGAGUGAUCUUAUGCGAUCUCAUUUUUUUUGUUCCACUGUGUAUGAAUUAACAAAAAUCAAAUGUGUUACUAAAGUAGUCAUUAGAAAUCUCAGGUUGUAACCGUCACUAUACAUGGUAGUUAUGAAAAUAUACAUGAACGAGAACUGGUAAAUGUUUGAAAACCUCCUAUAGACACAAAGUGAAAAAAACUAUUUUUUAAAAAAUUCCAAUGAUUUGCCCAGUUUUCGUCCUUUUAGCUUAUUUCUUUGGCAUUUUUGUAAGAAACUACUUUUUUGGAAGAAUUAUAAAUUUUGAUUUUUUUUAUUCCUUUCAAAAACGAAAUUUUUUUUUUUAUCAGCGAUGAAAUGUCUCUCUCAUAAGUCAUAUUCCACAUUUAUCGCCCAUUUACUUGAGUGAAUUGAAACAGUGACCAAAAACCUGUGUUUUAGUAUGAUUUUAGAACGUGUAUAUGUUUUGAAACUAAGUGUGUGUUUGAGUGCAAACAUAUUUACGGUGAUUGUCAGUUGUACUGACCAAUCCAUGUUGUUUGUAUCUCAUAUAUUGUUACUAUAUAUAUAUACAUAUAUACAGAGACCAAUCACAACUUUAUUACUGUAAUAGUUCCAAGAGAACUUUAAAUAUAUUAAGUGAUGGGUGUCACAAAAGUGAUAUGGAAUUUAUGAAGAUACUUAUAUUUCUGUUUUAUGUUCAUGUACUUUAAAUUAUUGAAUA